AUGAUGGAUCGAAGAGCAAACCCUUUAAACUCAAGACAAAAAUUAAUAAUUUUUAAGCAGUCUAAUGAAACUACUGAUAAAAUCUAUGUAGCAAGGCCAAUUGUUAUAAAUUUAAUAUACUUUUUCUUGAAGAAUAUCAAGCUAACUGCGAAAAAAGAUGUUAAUCAAAAUGAAAAAAAUGAAAGUUUUUUUGAAGUAAUAAUAGAAAUGUGGAAAUUAAAAAUAAAUAAUUUUCAUUUUAUCAGUCUUCUGAUUUAA